AUGUUAUGGUUACGAGUUGUUAGACCUUUGAUCACAACAGGCGGUCACACCUUCAAAAGGGCAUUAUCGUCGAAAGCGCCGUUAGUAGAUUUGUUACAUGGCAUUAAAGUGAAAUUCGUGAGUGCUGAAGGCACACACGAGGGUGUUGGUAAUGUGGGCGAUUCGUUGCUGGAUGUAGUGGUGAAUUCGGAUCUGCCAUUGGAUGGAUUCGGUGCAUGUGAAGGCACUUUGGCUUGUUCGCCAGACCUAAGUGAGACCUCCCGUCUAGGAUGUCAAGUUAAGCUGUCUGAAGAGGAUCGACCUGAAAUUACUGUUGAAGUGCCAUCGAUUGUACGAGAUGCACGAUUAGACUCUUGA